AUGGCGCGAUAUGCCAUGCCUCCAACCGAACGCUCAUCUACGCACAAUAUGACAAACACCAAUGAUGGCCAGCAUGAGCUCUCGCAACCGACCGGCGUACGUAACAGGAUUGGUAAAUGUGGUGGUAUUUUCAGGGAUCCAUCAUCUCAGCCUAAGAGCGCUCAAGCCAGGCGCAGUUCAAGAAUCAAAGAUAUCGAGACGGAGAAAGUGAAGGUAGAAGCCGGAAGGGUUGUUAAGCGGCAGCCUUCAAAGAUCGGGGACGCGGUGAAGAAGAAGAAGAAGAAGAAGGUUAAGAAGCAGGAGACUGUUGCUGCUCAUGGUGCUGCGGAGGAGAAGGGAAAUGUGAAGAAGGUCGCUAGUAGGAGAGUUACGAAGGUUUCUGCUGCGGAAAAGGCUGCUGCGGUUAAGAAGGUCGCGAAGAAAUCCGCUGAGAAGAAGCCCGCUACAAACAAGACAGCCGAGAAGAAGGAUGCUGCGGUCAAGAAAGUCGCGAAGAAGCCCGCUACGAAGAAGACAGCGGCGAGGAAAGUCUUGAAAGAAACCAACACCAACCAACGUCAAACAUCUGCUUCUCAUGACAAGGCCCUUAAGUCACGCAGGAGGUAA